ACGGACCACAUGGAUACACAUGGUGCACGUGGUUUUGCCCCCUUGUUUGGUUUCCACCUGCGCGUUUAUGUGGUCGUUUGAAGUUGUUUACAGUGGACACUUCCGAUUUUCGCAAUCAUCGUAAACAUCUAAAACUGCCGUCUCUGCGGUCAUGGUGAAACCGGCUAAGCUGUGGUCCACGGACCUCGGUCUGCCGGCUGACUGCGUCGAGUUCUGCCCAGUUAGACCCGAAUUGUUCGUCGUUGGGAUGUACAAGUUGGAUGAAGAGGCAGGCGAGCGCCACGGCGCCUUGACUACCUUCCAGUGGCAUGGAGGAGCAGACGUGCAGCUGUUGUGCCAUUCUGGCUCUCUGCCAGGAGCGCUCGAUGUCAAGUGGAAGGACAACAUACUGGCAGGCGCCUUCUCCGAUGGCUCAGUGCGGCUAUGCCAGCUGCGCAAGGAACGGCUGGAACCAGAGGCUUCUUGUCAGGCCGCAGACUGCCUGGCACUGGCUGUGGCUUGGGCACCGGGGGGAGACAAAUUGGCUGCAAGCUGCUCCAACGGGUCUGUCUCGAUACUGAGCUGUGGCUCGGCUUCCUUGGAGUCCAUGGCGGAGAUCCAGUGCCACAACUUUGAAGCUUGGAGCGUUGCCUGGGAUGCCGCACAGCCGCACGUCUUCUACACCGGAGGUGAUGACUGCCGAUUCUGCUGCUGGGACGAGCGAAGCCCUGUGCAGGCUGUCCGCACGUUGCGCAGGCACACCAUGGGAGUGACAGCCAUCGCGCCACAUCCCAACCAGGGUCACGUGCUGGCGUCGGGCAGCUAUGAUGAGCAAGUGCUGCUGUGGGACACACGGAACUUCUCCAAGCCUUUGGCCGAGGGCCAAGCAGGGGGCGGUGUCUGGCGGCUUCGCUGGAGAACGGGCCUUGCGCAUCAGCAGCAGUUGCUGGCUGUUGCUGCAAUGCAUGGAGGAGCGUGCGUGCUCGCUCACAGCACUGCAGAUGCCCUGAAGAUUGUGUGCGCCUAUGGUGGCCACCAGUCCAUGGUGUAUGGCAUCGACUGGGCAAGCGAGGACACUCUGGCGUCAUGUUCCUUCUACGACAAGCACCUGGCGCUGUGGCGGCACGACACCCUCCGGGAGUGACGGCUGUGCCACAAAUUACGCAGCGUUACCAGAUUAGGAGCAACCAAUUAACCACAAGCUGCCCGAGCAGAACAUUGUUGUGUUCUUGCAUUUUCCUGGCUUCUUUGCUAAUGUUUUUAUUUUUUUACGCCUCUGUUAACGUGGCAGUCAAUGCCAGAGGCGAUAUUCUCGAGCCAUCACUUUUGGGGAUACGAUCACUUUCGCAAGAUUUCACACAACUCCGCACUGGAUGCAUACACAGCCGACAGCGUUCCUGGCACCAGACGAAGAUAACGAGUUAGCGAGAUGAAGAUAGCCGACACGUCUAGUGCCAAGUCACGCAAUAUCUCGCAAAGGUGAUUGUAUCCCUGAAAGUGAUCGCUUGAGAAUACCACUCCAGCACUCUCUCAAGAGUCACUGCCACUUUCUCAGUAAAAUGUGCUUACAAAAAAUUACUUAACAGAAGCAGAAACACCUUGUACAUAUUUAAAAAAAAAAAAGUCCCUUGUACCUCCAUUAUUGCUAAAUGCGUGCCUUAUUUAUUACCUGUGGAACACAAACAGGGGCCAAGCAGGCAUACUACUGCCAACAGGCCGCGCCACACAGUAAAUGGUGGCACAAACCUCGCAGCGAAAUGAAAAACAUGAGGCAAACAAAAUGUCAAGUUUGUGAAACCAAUGCUGCUGCUGCAGCUGUGGUGUUUGUUUCCACCUUUGGUGUAAAGCUGGUCAGCCACAACUACAACAGAGCCACACAGCUAGGGUUGCCAACCAUGCCGAAUUUGGCGGGACCAGUCCCGGCCUUUUGAGUGUAUAAAGCUCGUUGAAGAACAACGA